AUCCAUGAUCCGUCCAUGGAUUCUGGCUCCUCUUGGCAGGAGGGAGCCAAGCACGCGCGGUUCAGCCUCCAGGUGGACAUGCAGUGCCGGUGCAUGGGCUGCGUCGGCAAGGUCGAGAAGGCCAUGGCCGCCGUCGGCAGCUUCACCGGGGUCGAGACGGCGGUGGGGGACGUCAAUGCUGGGGUCGUGGCCGUGGCGGGGAAGGUGGACCCGGCGGAGCUCUGCCAGUGGCUCAAGAGGAAGACGAGGAAGGAUGUCAAGAUCGUCUGCCCUCAUCCGCCGGCUGAGAAUCAUAAGCAGAAAAUGAUACUGGUCCUGGGAGGCAGUUCAAGAAUCGAGAACACUACACCUUCAGCUCCACCGCUACCGCAACAUUUCUCCAGCGCUCUAGCACCAUCAGGAGUUCAGUCUGGCCACGAGGACCUGCAUCUGAUCGAGGAGAAGAUCAGAGACCUCGAGAGGGCCAGGGAUGCGUUGAAGGUCAGGAGCCUGAAGAACGAGCUGACUGCAGCCAAGUCUGAGCUGAAACAAUCAAGGGAAGUGAUCAGCAACAGUAAGAAGGCUCUGCUAGAUAGUGCCCUGAGCCAGCUCGACGCGUUCAAGAAACUAGAAUCACUCACUCAGGCCACCAUGUGACUGAGCCUAUUCAGUCCAUGGUUUCGCCGUUAUGCUCUUUAGUACCAGCAUGGCCGGUGUAAACCCUGCUGGAUGUUUUGGUAUAUCUGUCACUGCAUUUCAUUUCAUUCACUGAAAUAUGAACAAGGGACACUGCAGAGUGCAGAGUUACCUUUGUUCAGAUAGAAGUUAGAUUUCAGCAGUGACCUUGUAACAAAUCAAACUGUGUAUCGUUUUACUCUGUAGAUGUUCACUGGUUCAGACUUAA